AUGCGAGGGUGUCAGCCAGUGAGGACGGAGUCCGAGGAGCACCAGGCUGCGCGUCAGACAGCCCUGAUCUGCUGCAGUGAGCACGACAGUGUGAAAGUCCUUGAGAACAGAGCUAUUGAUUGGGCAAGUGUCGCCUAUGACUGCUCUGUGGCAAAGAAGAGGCGGGCUGAGGAGCAGGCUUUGGGUGUCCCCGUCAACAAAAGGAAGUCCCUGCUGAUGAAGCCCCGACACUACAGCCCGAGCAUGGACCGCAAAGGAGACCAGGAUGGCAGGACCAAAGAGGAGCAUCUCUUGGAACCCAGCAACACCUCUGCUGCAGAAGAAGUCGUGAUAAAACCUCCGGAUGACAACCUUCAUUCAAAUGUGCAGAAGUCCCAGCAGAAAGAAGACCGAUAUGCGCGCUAUCAAGAGCUUGUGGUCAAGUCUUUAAUGCACUUGGGAAAAUUCGAAAAGAAUGUGUGUGUUCAGACCAUAAAUGAGAAUUUAAACGACAGUGGCAUCCAGUCUUUAAAAGCGGAGAGUGACGACGCCGACGAGUGCUUUAUGAUCCACUCGGACGACGGCAGAGACAGAGCGGAUGACUCUCAGCCACCCUUCUGCUCCUCAGAGGACAGCGACAGCAGCUCCUCGGGCACAGAGAACGGGUGGGACAGUGGUUCCAACGAGUCCGAAGACGGCAAGCCCCACCGAGGCCCCAAGUACAUGCUAGCGGAUGAUAAAAAAGACCUUUUGGAGGUUCCUGAAAUAAAGACAGAAGAGGACAGAUUUGCUCCUUGUGAGGACGGGUGUGACUCCAACGCAGAGAGGAGGGACCCCCAGAAUGUCUGUGGGGAAGCCCUGGACGGCCGGGCUGAGCCUUCCUUCCCCGAGCUGGGGGAAGCUCCUGGGGAGAGCCCAGCUGCGGCGACCGCGGAGCCCGGGGACCUCGCGCAAGCCAAGGGCAACCUGAACCUGCUGGAGCAGGCCAUCGCGCUGCAGGCCGGGCGAGGGUGCCUUCUCCACAGCGCCUACAAGGAGCUGGACAGGCUCCUGCUAGAGCACCUGGCGGGGGAGAAGAGACAAACCAAAGUUAUUGACCUGGCUGCAAGACAAGUCUUGAGCAACAAACAUUCACCAAGGCCUGAAAAAAGGGAGACCAAGUGCCCCAUACCCGGGUGUGAUGGCACGGGGCAUGUGACCGGGCUCUACCCCCACCACCGCAGCCUUUCGGGGUGCCCUCACAAAGUGCGGGUUCCCCUGGAAAUUCUUGCGAUGCAUGAAAAUGUGCUCAAGUGUCCCACCCCGGGAUGCACAGGACGGGGACACGUGAACAGCAACCGCAACACCCACAGGAGCCUUUCUGGUUGUCCAAUUGCUGCUGCUGAAAAGCUGGCCAUGUCCCAAGAUAAAAAUCAGCUUGAUUCUUCGCACACCGGGCAGUGUCCCGACCAGGCACACAGGACAAGUUUGGUGAAGCAAAUCGAAUUCAGUUUCCGGUCACAAGCCAUCGCCUCUCCCAGAGCCACCGUGUCAAAAGAACAAGAAAAGUUCGGAAAAGUACCGUUUGACUAUGCCAGUUUUGAUGCCCAAGUUUUUGGCAAACGUCCUCUUGCACAAACAGGGCAAGGGCGAAAAACGCCACCGUUCCCUGAAUCAAAGCAUUUUUCACAUCCAGUGAAAUUUCCUAAUCGACUGCCUAGUGCAGGCGCCCACACGCAGAGCCCAAGCGGUGCCAGCUCUUAUGGCUACGGUCAAUGCAGUGAAGACACCCACAUAGCAGCAGCUGCUGCCAUCCUGAACCUUUCCACCCGCUGCAGGGAAGCCGCAGACAUCCUCUCCAACAAACCACAGAGUCUGCAUGCCAAGGGAGCCGAGAUAGAAGUGGAUGAAAAUGGCACAUUGGACUUAAGCAUGAAAAAAACCCGAAUCCUGGACAAGGCUGCACCCCUCAACCCCUCUCACUCUGCCAUCCCAACACCCUCCUCAUCGCCCUUCAACGCAAGCAGCAUUCUGGUCAAUGCGGCAUUCUAUCAAGCUCUCUGUGACCACGAGAGCUGGGAGACGCCUAUCAACUAUAGCAAGGCUCACGGGAAGCCAGAGGAAGAGAAAGAGAAAGACAUAGUAAACUCUCUAGAAAAUUUAGAGGAGAAAAAGUUUCCUGGAGAAGCCUCUAUACCAAGCCCUAAACCCAAGCUGCAUGCGAGAGAUCUCAAAAAAGAGCUGAUCACCUGCCCAACACCGGGAUGCGACGGCAGUGGCCACGUCACUGGGAACUACGCAUCUCACCGCAGUGUUUCCGGAUGUCCGCUAGCAGACAAGACUCUGAAGUCCCUCAUGGCUGCCAACUCUCAGGAGCUUAAGUGUCCAACCCCAGGCUGCGAUGGUUCAGGUCACGUGACCGGAAAUUACGCGUCCCACAGAAGCUUGUCAGGCUGCCCUCGUGCGAGGAAAGGCAGUGUUAAAAUGACCCCUACGAAGGAAGAAAAAGAAGACCCUGAGCUUAAAUGUCCUGUAAUAGGAUGCGAUGGCCAAGGUCACAUAUCAGGUAAAUACACGUCACACCGGACUGCUUCAGGAUGUCCCCUGGCCGCCAAGAGACAGAAGGAGAAUCCUCUCAAUGGGACUGCUCUCUCCUGGAAACUGAACAAGCAAGAACUGCCCCACUGUCCCCUGCCAGGCUGCAAUGGGCUGGGCCAUGUAAAUAAUGUUUUCGUCACGCACAGAAGCUUAUCUGGAUGUCCUCUCAAUGCACAAGCUAUCAAAAAGGGCAAGGUCUCUGAGGAACUAAUGACCAUCAAGCUCAAAGCCACCGGGGCCUCCCACAGUCCUGCGCGCGUUCUGUGUCUGGACGUCUUCUAUGUGGCACCAACUUCUUCAAAAGUCCACUGUGCUGGCACUCGGGCCGUGUGCCCUGGCCUGGGCCCAGCAGUGAUCCAGAGCUGCCCUUUGGCUAUCCGGCUAUCUGGGCUGCCCUCCAGCUCCCCGCUGAGCGUCCUCCGCAGGCUGUCCUGCGCUCGUGAGCAGUCCUCCUUGGCCGGCUCCCCUCCGAUCCUUCUGGUCCGGGAGCACUGCCUCCUUCCCACCGCCCCGUUGGCUCUCUGUGUCCUCUUGGGAUUGCUCGCCUUGCUGCGCGCUUGCCGCCUGACGCCUUCUCAGCUUCAGCGCUGCAGUAUCACGUCGAUGGAGAGCAGCCUGAAGACCAUCGAGGAGGAGAACAAGCUCAUCGAGCAGAGCAACGAGAGCCUGCUGCGGGAGCUGGCGGGCCUGAGCCAGGCGCUCAUCUCCAGCCUCGCCGACAUCCAGCUCCCGCAGAUGGGACCUAUCAGUGAGCAGAACUUCGAAGCAUAUGUAAAUACACUCACGGACAUGUACAGCAAUCUGGAACGGGACUAUUCCCCGGAAUGCAAAGCUCUACUGGAAAGUAUCAAACAGGCAGUGAAGGGUAUCCACGUGUAG